AUGAACCAGAAAUGGUCUGGUGGGAAUCACUUUGGUUAUGAAGGCGGUUUCUGUCUUCCGGGUCUCUGCAUCGGAGGAUAUGGUGGUAGCAGAUUCCGUUACGGUGGCGGUGGCGGUGGUGGAUAUCAUCAUAAUGGUGGUGGUGGUAGAAGCAUGGACAGAAUUGGUUACAGAGAGACCAUGUAUUGCAAACCAGUGACUUGCUUAAGCGGCGCAUGUCAUGCACUUCAUUUGCAUUUAGACAAGGGUCUUUACGAGUCUCUCGUAAGCAAGAACGCAGAGAAGCAACACACAUCGAGUGUUGAUUACAUCCCAGAGACUUUUAAAUACAAUGUCAACAAAAACUAUGGUUUCAAGAAAGUGAAAGAAGAAGCUGCAAUGUCACCACAGUCUAACAACUAG